GGCUCGCAGAGAGGGAAGAGCUGGAAUGGCAAUACCAACCAUCCGUGGUGCAGCAACAUGAACGUCUGCGGUACCGUUCGCUGAGGGAAACGCGCGACGUGACAAAAUUCCAUUGCCGUGAAAUCGUACGCGCCGCGCGGUCGUACGUGUGUCAGCGGGUCCGGCGACGCGGCGUUCGCGUGCUCUACCCCGCGCGUGUGUUGACCAGUGUGUCGGUGUGGCUGAUUGCAUUCUGCACACGUGGAUAUACGCGGAGUACCACGGCCGCGGGGUUAGUUCUCGCCGGAUUUUCUACGGAAGGAUAUACCCGCCACACACACAGGCAGAGAGAGAGAGAGAGAGAACCAGAGUCUACUACCAGCAGGCCCCCCUCUUCUUCCCCGAUUGGUCGCCGUCGUGCCGAGGAGUUGCUUUCGGUGAAAGGGAUUUCUCGACUUAGGCUAAGAUGUCACAUCACAGCGACGACAACAUGCUCAUAGCAACAUCGGACUCCUUCUGGGAGCCGGGCAACUACAAGCGAACGACAAGGAGAAUCGAGGAUGGUCACAAGCUCUGCGACAGUCUGAUAGCCCUGGUUCAGGAACGGGCGGAGAUUGAGAAGAACUACGCCAAGGCGCUCAAAAACUGGUCGAAGAAUUGGAACGACAAGAUCGAGAAGGGACCCGAGUACGGCACAACCGAGGCGGCGUGGAAGGGCGUUCUAGUGGAGUCCGACAGGCUCUGCGAUCUUCAUCUCAGGGUCAAAGAGAACCUCUGUAACGACAUCGUUCAGCAAGUCAAAACGUGGCAGAAGGAUGCGUAUCACAAGUCGAUGAUGACCCUAAAGGAGCGCAAGGAAAUGGAGGACGCGUUUAAGAAGGCGCAGAAGCCAUGGGCGAAACUCUUGCAGAAGGUCGAGAAGGCAAAGUCCGAAUUUCACAACAGCUGUAAAACCGAGCGGACCGCGGCGAACAUGGAAAGGAACGCAUCGGCGGACAGUUCUCUCUCGCCGGAUCAGAUGGCCCGAGGCUCUGAAAACGUAAAGAAAAUGCAGGACCGAGUUCAGAAGACGAAAGAGGAAGUGCAAAAGGCGAAAGAGAAAUACGAAGCGGCGCUUCAAGAAAUCAAUCAGUACAAUCCAAAGUACAUGGAGGAUAUGACGCAGGUGUUCGAGAAGUGCCAGGAGAUGGAGGCGCAGCGACUACAGUUCUUUAAAGAAGUACUCUUCGGUAUUCACAAGUGUCUAAACAUAUCGCAAGACCCAGUGCUUCCACAGAUAUACGAGGAAUUCUAUCACACGAUAAAUAACGCCGAUCACGAAAAAGACCUGAAAUGGUGGUCUAAUAAUCACGGCGUCAAUAUGGCUAUGAAUUGGCCGCAGUUCGAAGACUACACAGAGGAGUUCCGCGAGAUCACGAAGGGCUCGAAGUCGAAGGAGGCGCUCCCGGCAGGCUCCAUCACUCUCAUCAAUCAACGCCCGGUCGGCGAGGAUCUGCAUGAAUUUUCACCGGUCAAUAAUAAAUCAAAAUCGAAAUCCGCCGGCCGAGUGAUAUCAGCGGACGGCAAUAAUGGGGACAAAACGGACACUAUAAGCUCCAGUAAACAAUCCUCGGAAAAAAAUGAGACCGACGACGUCAGCAGGACCCCGACUAUCACUAACGGUACUAACGCCAAGCAAGAAUCGAAUCCGUUCGAAGAAGAGGAAUGGGACGAGGACGGUGGUGAACCGCUGGUCGACAAUGGAGAACCCGGGGUUCCCGUGCGAGCCUUGUACGAUUAUGAAGGAGCCGAAGCAGACGAACUUAGUUUCAAGCAAGGAGAUGUAUUCGAGAAAUUAGAAGAUGAAGACGAACAAGGAUGGUGUAAAGGAAGGAAAGACGGCAAAGUGGGCCUUUAUCCGGCGAAUUAUGUAGGCUUGGUGUCGCAAGAUUAGAUUAACUAAUGCAAAGCCAAAUCCACAAUUUAGUUACUUAAAUGUGUAAUCUCCGCGAAGAUUAAAAUUAUGUUUCGUUUCUCUUCGCUAUUUGUUUGGGCGAGUGGAGAUUCGCGGGGCGUCAGUUUUGCAGCGUUCUAUAGGAGAACAUGGCUUAAUGACGAAUGAAUGAAGGCCCGAAUUACAACAUAGCUUUUGAAAUCCAAUACAUCUAAAUAAAGUGCAAACUAAUUGUCUGCAUUUACUGAAUUGUAUAAAUGGCGAGUGGCGAUUCUACUUCGAGAUCUUUCCUUCGCGGCUAGCGGAGUUUGAAUGAACGAUUUCCCACACGAAAAAAUAUCCCUCACACUCAGAAUGAAAUUUGUUUUUAGAUAGCUAGGUUAGUUAAAAUCCUUCACUAGUUAGUCGCUAUAGAUAAACGUGGAUUACACGCGCAUAUCGCGCGUAUAGCGAGUUUAGAAUAUUGGAAUAUUGUACUUUUACGACUCAUUGUUGUAACUCAUUGUUGUAACAAAAAAGAAUCUUUUGGUUGAGACGCGAGAGUUCUAUUUAAUUUAUUGUUAUUAAAGUACUAUUAAAAACUAAUGUCUAUAUAAAUGGUGUCAUUGUACAUAAUAGAUAUAAGAGCCUAGAAACUAUUAAUUGUCGUUUAACAAAAAUUUAAAGUGUUACAAUAUGUUAAAAAUAUGUGAACAUAAAACUACAAGACUAAUGGGCAUAAAUUUAAUAUAAAAGAAAUUCGGGACCCAGAAAUUGUUCCAUUUAUUAAUUAAAUCUUAUAAUCGAGAUAAUUUUGAUGAAAAAUAUGAAUUGUCGAUGUUACAAGACAAUGUAGAAGAAAAGUAUUUUCAUCUAAAAUAUAUACAUAUAAAAUUUGCUUUUAAUAUAUGAAUUUGAGAUGAGAAUUCUUAAAAAAAAUUUUUUCAUUCGAUUAUUUUUGUUUCAAAAGAAAGAUCGUUAUUAUAUUUUGGAAUUAUAAUCGAAAAAAAUAAAGAUAUAUUAUAACCAUUACUUUAAUUAAUAUAAUAAGAUCUACCAAAUAUACCACGUAUGUAUUGAACGAAAUGAAUUUUGCCUGAAAUUAAGUGUAUGAGAUUUUAGCGAGAGUUGGCAUGAAUUGUGUAAAAAUUAACAUGUAGCUAACAUUUUUAUUUUCAAACUUUCCGUAAAACAUUUUCUGAGUUAUCUAAUGUUGUUAGCUGCGGAGUCAUAGGGAUUUGAUUUAUGAUUAUAUAGACAUUAAAAAGAAACAAAGUAUUCAUUACGAAUACAUUGUGUCUAUGUACACAGUAUUUAUGUAAAUAUCAUAUAGAAUAUAUAGUAAAAUUAUAAAUUUAGUCUGAUUUUUUACAAUCAUUCAAUUAAUCCUUGAAUUUACCUUUUAUAAAGUAUGUUGACAGCUCAUAAAGUUGUUAAGUAUAUUUUGUAGCUUGUGUAUAAAAUUUAUUAUGUAUGUUUAAUAAAUGACUUCUACAUAAA